CUUACAACAUUCUCCUGCCGAAAGAAUCAGUCUCACAUACGUAGCAUAGCCUUCAGAGUUCCUAAUGCGUGUACACUGUACGUAUUUCGAUUUCAGCAUCAUAAUCACCGCUUCGUCUCGCAGAUUGCAAAUAAUUGAACAAAGUGACGAUGCAUAAUUUCAGAAUCGCCAACGGAUAAGAUUAAUCCCAUAAAAGCCAUUAUGCUUGUACAUUAAUUUUCAAACAAUGGAGAUCUUAUAAGCUUAUAUUUUUUCGACAGCAUUAAUUUUGGCAUUUCUGUGGGUACGGGCAAACCACAAGCGCAGCGAGUGAUCGCUAAAUAACAGUUUUUCGAGAUAAAGAUAAUCAAACCUCAAGCACUUGUGGAAAAAAAAACUAUAGAAAUCGUUCGUCGCUGCCAAUUUUGCAUGACAGCUUUUAAAAGUUUAAUUUCAUGCUGAAAAAAAAAAGACGAGAAAACAAAGUUCCGAAAGCGUUACACAUGCAUUGCAUAUCGGCUAUUUUAGACAAUGCUUCAAAAGCAGUCUUGCCAAGGAAGAUCUUGCUGUCUUGCAUAUAUGAAAGAGAACUGAUGCUACUGCAACGACAAUUCUGAAACAAAACGUUACAAUCUCGUGACUAAGCCAUAGAGCACUGCACCUUCAUUCCAUCUAAAAAAUCUUCACUUGAUCCAUUCACUGCAAAGCCUUCUUUUGCACGUCUUCUUGUAGCACCCGGUUCCGUUGACAUCUCCCAAGGAGAACACCUCCUUCAGCGUCGAAUUUUCAGCUCGUCGAGGUCGUACUUUCACCACAAGUGCAAGAAAAACUGAUCUAUACACCGUGAACUUUAGACCGUUUGGUGUUUUGAUCAGUUGUAAUGGCGGAGUACACGGGUCGCAGAGCACACCGGGACAACAAGGCUUGCCUUGCCCGAGGUCAUUCCUUUGACCAGGAAACUGGCUCGGGUGCAACCUCGUUAGACCUGGGAACGAGGUUGGCUCGGGUAUCCCGGUUUGCUCGCGUCACGUGAUUUCUUAUCAACCGUAACUACACUAGACGCGGAAAGAGAAUUUAAAUGACAAUUUAAAUGAAGCUAAACUGGCCAAAGAUGUGACCGCUGUCCUUACUUGUUGCGACCGCGACCUCUCGACUCAUAUGGGACCAACAAUGGCUACUGGCUCACGAUGAUCUUCCGCAAAAUCGCCAAGACUUCGCCUCAGCGUCGUAAGAGGUUGGAGAACAAAUAGAACAAGAUAACCUUCCUUCAGCAAUAUUCUGAGUAAUGAUGUCUGGAAAAGAUGGAGACGCUGCUAAAGAAAUACCCAGUGCUGCAAGAAAGACGCCGUUAUUGGGAGCCAGAGCUUUGUUGUCAAGACAGUUAAACAGUGCUUCACCCAGUCCUGGUAGAUUGCCAUCACUUAGACCAGCAAGAGAUUUGACUCUUGGUGCAUCACCAAAGCUUUCUUUAAGUGUAACUCCAAAGAGAACUUUUACUCCAAACAUCCCCACCAGAAGAACCAAGCAGGAGCCAAAAGAUGAUGCCUCGCCAACAGCAGGGAAUUCCGGAGAGAGAAGACGACGAGAUGGAGGAAGGGGCAGAGGGCGUGGCGAGGGCCGAGGAAGGGGCAGAGGGGAUAGGGGCAAGCCAAACAUUGUCCAGGCAUCGUCAAUUUUUUCCAUGGGAGUGGGUCCUGUUGAAAAGCAGAGAAUUGGACAAGUAGUUUCUACUCCAAGUUUUGGUUCAUCUGGAGGAAGAGAAGGUGUCUCUGGUGUAAAAAUUAAGAAAGAAAGGGGUGAUGAGGUUGACGAGGAUGAAUCUAAAAAGGUUCUUAAGAUGCUGCAGACAAGUGGGAAUAUAGAUGAUGAUGUGGAGAGUGAUGCUGGAGCUAUGCCUGUGCAGCUACCAUUAACUUUCCAUGCUUUAAGAAUGAAGGAGAAAGAAGCUGAAUCUGCUGCAUUGGAGACUGAUGUAAAAGGGAAAAGUGAACCUAUGGAGGUGGACUUGGUUGAUUCUGGAAAAGCUUCUCCUGUGGAAACACUCAAAAAGCCAGUGAAACAAGUACCUAUAAAAAAGGAAGUUUCAGAUGAAAUGACACUUUCAAAUGUGUUGUCAGCUGCAUCAGUGGGAGACCGGAAGCUGUUGUUUUUCCAGUUUCCUGAUGUGUUGCCUAUCAAGCUAACUUCUGGCAAUCAAGAGGAGCCCAUGUCUGUAGAGGAAUCACCCAAUGACCAGACAGCUACACCAGAAAAGCCCAAAGAACCCAAAAGGUUGUCACUCAAAGAUGCUUCCGAAGGUUACAUUGGUAAACUUCAAAUACUUAGGUCUGGUAAAGCAAGACUGUUAAUGGGUGAUGUGUCUCUUGAUGUUACUAUGGGAACACCGUGUGGCUUUUUACAGGAUGUUGUAGCUGUUCAUACUGAGGACAGCCGCUCAGAGAUGAUAUGUCUUGGGCAUGUGAAUCACCGCUUGAUUUGCACACCAGACUUUGAACAACUUCUUUCAACGUGACAGUAAGGGAGCAAACAUGUACCGUGGUGAAGGAGUUAUGGCUAGGUUAUUAAAGAAUUCCUUACAUCGGACAAGCAUGGGUAUGCUUGAGAGUAUUAUAAACUCUUCUGAAAUUCAGAGUUUCUGCACGGCUAUCGAGCAUGCAAGAGACAAGAACAGUUACU